GCUUGUGGCUUGUCUCUCCUCACUGUUUUGGGGUCCAAGUUUCCAUCCAUUGGCACCUUUACAAAGCACAAGGGGCAAGGAUCUAAAGUGCCUGCCAACUGAAAUUGGGACGCAGAGGAUUUCGAAGAGGAGAGCAAUAGGAUUGAAGUUGACAUUACAAUACCAAACACCGCGCGGCAACGCGUUGAUUGCUGUUCUGCUUACCGCUGAAGCCGGGGCAAACUCCCAUUGGCAUCAACUACUACCUGUGUGGAGGAGGUCAAGCAUAGCUGGCAGACUAGGAGGUCACUCGAUGUCGUCGGAGCAAGACCUCUUGUACCAGCGAAAGUAUGCUGUCAGCUCGGACGGAGACCACUCUCUCCACGGCGACAUUUCAGCGGGGGGAAUGUCGAACAAGAACACUGAGUGGAUUCAGAACUCGUAUACGUGGGUGAUGUAUGUCCUCUUUAUCGCAACCAUCUGGGGCGUGGUGCACAUGACCCAGAUCUUCAGUGUCGCAAAGUCUACGACAAUGGUGAACGUGGUACAUGGCUUGAUUACCUUCUACUUCUUUCAUUGGACGAAGGGUUCUCCGGACGAGUUCACCCAGGGGGAGUGGAACGGUUUGACGUUUUGGGAGCAGCUUGACGCAGGGGUGCCGUGGACGAAGACCAAGAAGUUUAUGAUGAUCGUACCCACCGUCUUGUGUCUGAUCCCGCUGGUGGUUAGCGAUUACCAACCAAGAUACCUAGCGGUUAACCUGCCGGUGUGCUGUAUUCUCCUCUUGGCAAAGUCCCCCCUCAUGCACAGGGUGCGUAUACUCCACAUCAACGCCACCACCGGCAUCGACGACCGCGUAAAGAAGGAGUGAGGAUACGAUAGGACAACUCAGGCAGGGAGUUGCGCGCGGGCGUGGUAUGAGGGUCGGCGAGGAGUUGCAUGAGCCGCUGGCAGCCGGUUGCCCCACGUGUGACUUAACUUCUAUGAGAUCGAGAAACAGCUGGGCACGGAGGGUCAGAUGAAGGACUCGACGAAUGAGCUACAAAAGCACCACACGGAUGGGGGGGGAACUGUAGUCGCGUACGGUUUGGUGCACCGGUAACCGGGCGGGAGCUAGCGCACGGGCGGACUUCUGUAUGGGGUAUUCCGAGAGCGCAUGGCUUUUGUUUUUUUUUUCCAAGAAGAUGGGGGAGGAGAUUGAUGCAUGUGCCCUUGUGACGAGAGGAGCGGUCCAUGACGAAGGCGUGGGAGGGUGCGGGGGUUGACGCUGCCAGAGGAGGAUAGGAGCACUGCCCGCCGCGGGGAGCGCGAGUUGGCGCUUCGUGUGGCUUUUUUUGGUGAGCGCCACUACCACUGGUGAGGUAUGGAGGGUUGUGGUGGGUGCUGGACGGGCCCUGCUUAGCACCACAUCCCGGGAACGCGGCAAGCAUCACGGCGUUGCUUCAUUUCCCGUACGGGAAGGAAGGCGGUCUUGACCUUUUCUCUGGUCGUGCUCCGCAGCAAGCAACAACGACAGGGGGCCGCUGUUGUAGCUUUUGCGCGGGGCGGGGGUGCGGCAUAGUUCGAUGGGAAGAUGGAGCGCCGCCCGCCCCGGCUGCCUCUGGAUCACGGAGCUCGGAUCACCAAUCUCGUGCCCGUUGGCGAACACAACUCCGCCAUAUGCAGAAGUAGUUGGCUGAAGCUGGUGUAGCUAAGCGGGUGCAGCUACUCCUGUCGACGUCGCUACUGGCAGGCCAGGGUAGGUUUAUGGCCAAUGCGGCGGGAAAGGUGACAGCACGUCGGUAUGUUUGUGGGUGCCUCGUUCUCCUCCCCCCCCCCUUAAAGUUGUUGGGUUGGGAUUUCUUGCCGGCGCUGGAAAAAGACAAACUCGUGUAGUUUCGUGUCGGGGGUUUCCCAUGCGGUAUUGUACUAGGUUGGGUGUUGCGAAUUGCGUCUUGGUUGCGUGGCGGCUUGGUUGGCCUACUACCUGGCUGCGUCAACCAGGUACUGCUGUGUACCCAUUUUCGGUAGGGCGUGCUGAAGUUUGAGUUUGAGUAUCGUUGGUGCUUGGGACGGUGCGCGUGGUGCUUUGCGGUGGGGUGUGGAUUGGGUACAGCAGUAUCAGGUCGGCCAGUCGUUGAAGAAAAUUCACAUUGGGGGAACCUCGGCUGCUGUACUGUCGUCGCGUGCCUGUUGCAACUCCUAUGCCGUAUCGUGUUUGGGUUUUUGUGGCCGUUGAACGGCCCCCGGUGUCAAUACAUGUAAAUAUAUAGCGCUUUGGCGAAACUUUGGGCGGAAAAAUUAGUACGGCGCAAUUUGUGGCCAAAGAACGCGCAGUUAUGCUUGCCACAUGCGGAAUGCUUGCCACAUGCGGCCACCGGUUGCCGCGAUGCCCCCGUGCACUGCGUGUUCUUACGGUUUUGUGCGAACGCUAGAAAGGGCCCUCGACUCAUCGCAACAACAGCUGCUCGUCACGAGGCACGGGCCGCGUACCAGAUAUUGUACCAGCACAACUCGCUUGAUUCCAUCGCACCAGCACGUGAAUCCGUCCAUGUUCUUGUGGCACCGUGGAUAAGGACAACGUAAGCCUUGGGCAUUUAGCUCAACGCCAAUUAAAGCUUGGGCGUUUAAUGCACCUUGCUUUGAGAGCAAACCCUACCUAUGUGAUGCCACUUGUUGCAAACAAAUCAAAGCAACCGGUUGGGCAAACGCCAUACAGACAGUAGCGCCGGCAUCGAGGUUCUCAAACAACAGUGUCUCACAUACGCAAAAUAUUCGUUCCUCGUUAGUCCUCCGUGCUCGACGCAACCUAUUUGAUCAGGCCCUCGCUGUACUAGCCUACCCCCCCCUCCCCCCCCU